AUGACUGAGAACGUUGCUCCAGCCGCCGAUGAAACUAACGCCAAGAUUGUCAAACAGAUUGAGGUAGAUUAAUUCACAAAUUUUUCAGCCUAAAUAUUCAAUUAUUUUCAGUAUUACUUCGGUAACAUCAAUCUGCCACGUGAUAAAUUUUUGCAAGAACAAAUGAAACUUGACGAAGGAUGUAAGUGUUUUAUUCAUUUUGUCUUUGAUUGUUCAUUUUUUUUAUUUUUUAGGGGUUCCACUAACCACCAUGUUGAAAUUCAACAGAUUGGUUCAAAUUACAACGGAUGUUAAUGUUAUUGCCAACGCUUUGAAAGCUGCAAACUCGGAACUCAUCACACUUUCCGAAGAUUUGCAAAAAAUCCGUCGCAGUGUUGGGAACCCACUUCCAGAAAAUUCAUUGGAAUACUGGCAAACUAUUAAGCAUAGAACAGUUUAUAUGAAAGGUUUCCCACAAGACUCACAAUUGGAUCAAAUCAUGAGUUGGGCUCAACAAUUCGGAGAAUUGGAAAAUGUUCUCAUGCGUAGACUUGGAAAAGAGGACCGUAUUUUCAAAGGAAGUGCAUUUGUCACUUACAAAACCAGAGAAGAAGCCGAAGUUGCACAAAAAUCUGAUGCCAAGUUUGGAGAAAUUGAACUAGUCAAAAUGAUGCAAGAUGAUUAUUGGGCGUUGAAAAACAAGGAAACCAAAGAGUCAAGAGCCGCCGCUAAAGCUGCAAAGGGAAAUAAGAGUGCCACAGAGAAUGCUGAAAAAGAAAAGGCCAGAAAUGUUGCUCGAUUCGACAAAGGUCUUAUUCUUGCCAUCGAUGGACUUGGCGAACAAGCAACUGUUGAUACAAUCAAAACAUUCUUCAAACAAUACGGAUCAGUCGGUUAUGUUGCACAUGAAAACAACAGUUCAACAGCCGAGAUUCGUUUCAACAACGACAGCGAAGGUGGAGCGCAAAGUGGAUGGGACAAGGCUGUUGCGGCUGGAACUGAUGGAAAAGUCAUUUUCCAAGAGAAGGAAUUGACGGCAAGAGUUUUGGAUGGAGAAGAGGAGGAGAAAUAUUGGACAGAAUUCAAUGCAAGAAAGAAUAAUAAGCAAAAUAAUGGGCGUCAAGGAGGAAGAGGCGGACGGAGAGGAGGCCGUGGCGGAAACCGCGGAGGUUUCAGGUUAGCUAUUUAUCUUUCUGCUAUAGUUGGACACUAAAUGAGAUUUUCAUGUGUUUCAAGCAAGUUCAUAUGAUAGAAUGGUCUAAGACCAACAGAAUGAUAUAAAUUUCGAUGAGUUUACCUUAUCCAUAAGUGAUUUAUCGACUUAUCAACUAAAUAUCGACUAAAAGUCGCUAAAUCACUUAUGGAUAAGGUAAAGUCAUCAAAAUUCAUAUCAUUCUGUUCGUCUUAGACCAUUCUAUCAUAUGAAUAACAUUAGAACCCAUAAUUUCAACUCAUUUUCUUGAAAAACAUGAAAAUGUCAUUUAGUCGAUGUCCAAAUAUACUUUCUGCUGAUUAGGAGGGUUAAAAAUCCAAAAUUUCAGAGGUGGCGACAGAAGAGCAGACAAACGUUCAGCUGAUCAUGAUGAUUCUGACGCGCCAGCCUCAAAACGCACAGUUUUCGAGGAUGCUGCUCCAGCUGCUGGAGACAACUAA